ACCACUGGGGCCAGAGGAAGCAUUCCUGGGAUCAGUGUCACGGAUUUACCCAGGCCAGAUGUUGUAACAGGAUCUGACCUGGAACCCCCCCUGGGAAUGCCAAGUCCAAGUGAAUGUUCCCAAUUAGUCUUUUGUUAGUUCUUUGGUUACAGCUCGAGCUGGUGUCUCCUAUCCCAGUUCACACCUCUCAGUUACACCCAUGCCACCCAUCACCUGAUUCCCAAGUCAAUCACUAAAUUCUGGUCAGUGGUCUAUUGAUUUCUUACUGGACUACACUGUCACUGAGCUGGCCACCUUCUGACAUUACUUUUUCCCUUGGAAUUGUCUCCUGGGUCCUUAUCAUCUCCAUUCUGCUCCUAUCUGCUGAAUUCAGGGAGUUCUUUGUUAGCAGCAUUGUUUUAUCAGAAGUUUAUGUUUUGUCGGGUGUUGCGGGCUGAGACUACUUCAGCUGCUGAUGGUGAGACACCGGUGCUAAACGAGACUGUUCAGAGAGGAGAAGACAGUUCAACAAAUUUUUUCCAUAACACCAGCACCAGACUGCCCAGGACCCACCUGCCUCCGCCCGCCCCCGUGGUCCCACGCACUCCCCACAUCCCCACACAACCACCUGCUCUCCCUCUGUGACACCGCAGCCGAAUGGGGCCAGGGGGGCAGACAGUCUGUGGUUGAGGCCGUGCACGGCGCCUGCGGCAGCCAUGGACACAGCGUGGCCAAAGGUCACCUGCACCGCCCGGCAGUGCCGGGAUCCGCCGCCAUGCCCUCCCGCCACGCAGAAUCGGUUCCUCCUCCACCUAAUGCCGGGGAGGAAGCGUGGGGUGAGAGCUGGGGAGCGUGAGCUGUGCCCUGCUGGGGAUCAGGCUGCUGGCCAGCCCGGGGAGGCACCGCCAUGGCCCGGCAGGAGCAGAGCUUGGCAGAGCAGAAGGUAGCUGGCACCGGCCAGAAGUUCUCCUUCCUGGAAGGAAGCUCCCAGCUCCGGUCAGCCACCCUGGGGAGCAGGGACAGUUUCUAUACACUGCAGAAGAUGGACACCAACAAAAGCGUCAGCUGGGGCAGGCACAGCCUGGGGAGCUGGAGUAGGACUGCAGGCAGGUUCUCCAUCGGCCAUGGCAGUACCCGGAGGAAGGAGCUGAAGGAAAUCCUCCUACAGACCAACAGCCCUGGCAGCACCUUGCGGUUUGCCACCACUCAGAAGACAUCCAACAGCAGCAAUCUCCUUGCAGGGCCGCACCAAGAGCAGAAGUCCGAGCAGAGUCCUGACCUGCUGCCCCUUGUCCUUGAUCCCCUGGAGCACGCGUGGCUGCUGACGGUGGCUGAGGGCGAUGCCGAAAGCAUCAUCAAGCUGCUGGACUUGGAUCCCAGCCUGCUGACCAGGAGAGACUUUGUGACGGGCUUCACCGCUCUCCACUGGCUUGCGAAGCAUGGCCACCAUGAGAGCCUCAUCCAGGUCAUCUCCCAUGCCCAGAAGAAAGGCUAUCCCGUCAAUGUGAACAUUCCCACAGCCAGCGGCGGGCUCACCCCCUUGCACCUGGCUGCCUUGCAGGGACACGAGGUGCUCAUCAAAGUGCUGGUGGGAGCUUACGGGGCAGACACCAGCUGCAGGGACCACAAUGGGCGCAAGGCUUGGCAGUACCUGAGGGCAGACACCUCCAGGGACCUGAAGGAGCUGGCGGGGGCCUUGGAGGAGGACUUGGUCCAGCUGCGCUCUCACAACACCAACAACAACUGUAAGUCAUCCAAAGAGGCCAGGGCAGGGCAGGACUCUGUGGACUCUGGGGCCGAGGGGAAAGCCCAGCACCCCUGGAGCCUGUCGGCUCUCCGAGGCAUUGUUAGACAGGCAUUUGCUUUCUUCCAAGAGCACUGAAGCUCCUCUGUCCCCAUUCACCUGUAAAUCCAUGCUGGAUAGCAGCCGGAAGAGCCUGAAGGGAGCUGGGAACUUGGGUGCUUGAAACCCUGGCCAAGUGAGGAUUAAACCACGGCACCUCA